UUUUGUUACAUUGAUUCAGUUUGAUUCUGUGCACAGCUGGUCUGUGAUGCCAUUAUAUCUAUUAUUAUACCUCUCUCGACAUAUUCCAAUCCAGUCCAGCAAUAAUAAUCAAUAAAUACCUAAUCAACCAAACAAAUGUCCCAAUCUACGAGUCAUGUCCUCCACCAAAUCCACAACUACAUCUCGCGCAGCGACUCAACACCACCAACAACAACAUCAUCAGACUUCACCGUCCAGGCGAAAGUAGGUCUAGCUUUCGGCAUACUAGGAGCAAUCCUCCUCACCAUAAUCCUCACCACCCUCAUCGUCCUCCGUAUCCAGCACGGACCCGUCAUUACUCUCCGAACCCUGUUCUCUCGCAACCCGAUCCCAAACAUACAAAGACAGUCAUUAUCAAUAGAUAUCCCCCCAUCGGACGAGGAAUCUCAACCGCCGCCGGCAUACACAAACUCAUUACCAGAGCAAGGAUUGAAGAAAGAUACCACUACAGAUAUUGCACCCCCACAACAAGCGCAUAUACCCCCCUCGCUGCGCAAGGAACUUAAUCUGCAUGUCGAUACGUCACGUUCACCUACCACCACUACCACUACCACUGCUACUGCUAUCGCGACGACGAAGCCGAAACCUACACCGCUGAGGACAAUGUCCGAUACAGAGAUACUGAGAUCAUCAACAUCAACAUCAUGUGAAAAGGAUAGAGAAGCGCGAUCGACGUUAAAGGUCCAGAUUCACCACCAUCAUCAUCAUCACCAUGGUAAUCAUAAUCAUAAUCAUCCGUAUUAUAGUCGGUUGAGGGUGGGGAGUCCGAGGUCGUCUGUUAGUAGCGGAGGUAAUAAAUCAGAUAGGUUAUGUCCGCCAGACGAGUAUGCAGUCCCGCCGGAUAGUCCUGUGAUUGUGUUGCCGUCGCCGAGGGAGUUGCAGAAGUUUAGGAUUAAUGUUUAUCGAUGAUGAGAUUAUACGAUGUGUAGUAUGGGAUUGGGAUUGGCAUGUGACUUUGGGUAUGUA